GUGUGUUUCUAUUCUCUUAAAUUGCUACCCUGUGCAGGUUUCUGUGCUCUUCUCUUUCCACUUCUGUUUUGGUCGUGUCGUUCUAUUCAUCGACAUUGCUCUCUCAGUUGAAUACGCACACACAAACGUCCCACUUCUUUGCAAAAAGCUCUUCAGUGCCUGCAUCGUCCAUUGCGCACAUUGUCCAAAGCAGUCGUUUGCUUUCUCCUCAGUUUUUCUUUUUCUCGUGUUUUCUUCUCUUCUAUUCAUCUUAUUAGUCUACCAUGACCUUCACCUUUAGCGUCAUCUCAACCACAGGUCAGCGCAUCUCCAUCUCCGUUCUCGGCCCCGACAACACUGUCGGUGAUAUCAAAGCCAAGCUGGAGGAGACGGAAGGCAUCCCGCAGAAGAUGAUCAUGUUCUUGCACGGUGGCCGUAAGUUGGAGGACAACGCGACCCUGGAGGAGUGUAACAUCCACGCUGGUGUGACCAUCAACAUGGUGCUGGCUCUUCGUGCGGGCUGUUAA